CAGUACAACUUGUCGGACUGAGCACAGAACUAAUUCCUUAAAAAUCAUUUCCAAUUUUCUGAAAAUUUCGAAUGUAAAAAAUUUCAAGUGUAAAACGUAAAAUUCUAGAUUCGUUUAAUUUUAUACAAUAUUUGUACAUUUCCAAGACGAAACUCCACAUUGUUUUUUAUUUUUUUUGAAUAAUGUCUUCGUAUCGCGAUGUUCGUAUGGUUAAGGUGGCUCGCAGUCUCUUGUCCUACAAGAGCAGAGUGAAUGUGCGUGCGUUGCGUGCGUUUUCCUCGAAGUGCGACAAGCCCAAGGGCGUUGUUGUGGGCGUGUACCAGAAAGAUGGCGACAAGCCCAUUCGAUCCUCGGAGAAUGCUGUGCUGCUCGAUGACGCUGUCGGUGGCAAGAUAAUGAGUUUGAUACGUGAACGUGGAAUGGACGGAAGGCCAGGCAAAGGACUGCUCUUCAAUGGUCUCGAGGGUGAAUACUCUACGGUAGCUGUCGUCGGCAUGGGCGUGGCAGGAGCUGGCUACAAUGAGCUCGAGGAACUGGACGAGGGCAUGGAAAACGUCCGCAUUGCGGCGGGCACAGGAGCGCGAGCCCUGCAGCUGCAACGCAUGGCCGAGGUGCAUGUGGAUGGCAUGGACUUUCCCGAACAGGCGGCCGAGGGUGCCGCCUUGGCGGUGUGGCGCUACAAUGCCAACCAGCGCAAGAAACAUCGUCUGGCCACCCCGAAGUUGCACAUGUACGGCAAGGGCGAUCACGAUGCCUGGGUGCGUGGUCUGUUCAAGGCGGAGUCACAGAAUCUGGCGAGACGUCUCUCCGAUACGCCGGCGAAUCAGAUGACGCCCUCCAUCUUUGCUCAAGCUGCUGUGGAUGCGCUGUGCCCGUGUGGCGUGUCUGUGGAGGUGCGCUCAAUGGACUGGAUCGAAGAUAUGAGCCUCAACUCGUUCCUCAUGAUCGCCAAGGGAUCCUGCGAGCCCCCGCUGCUGCUGGAGUGCACCUACUGCGGCACCGCACCCGAGGAGAAAGGCGUGCUCAUGCUGGGCCAGGGUCUGACCUUCCACAGCGGCGGCCUGUGCCUCAAGCCCAAGAAUGGCAUGGACAUCUAUCGUGGCGCCAUGUCCGGAGCUGCCGUCUGCGUUGGCGUCCUGCGCGCUGCCGCCGCCCUCUCGCUGCCCAUGAAUAUCACGGCCGUAAUUCCACUCUGCGAGCACAUGCCAUCGGGCAUGGCGGUGAAGUGUGGCGAUGUGGUGACUCUGCUCAAUGGCGUCACCUUGGGCAUUAAGAACGUCGACAAGGCGGCGGUCGUUAUGAUGGCAGAUCCCCUGCUCUAUGCUCAGGCGAACUUCAAGCCGAAAAUGAUCUUGACCAUUGGCUCGGUGGCGCGUGGCGUCAGCUAUGGCCUUGGCGGCAGCUCGACGGGAUUGUGGAGCAAUUCGGCGUACCUGGCCAAGCAGUUCCGCAAGGCUGGCGGCAUCACUGGCGAUCGUAUCUGGCGCAUGCCGCUCUUCCGCUACUUCAAGGAGAUCAUCACUAGCAACUCAACGUAUGACAUGAGCAAUUGUGGCCGUGGACCCGCUUCGUCCUGCUUGGCAGCUGCCGUCCUGCAUUCGCUGGUGCCGUGCUUAGAUUGGGCGCAUCUGGACAUUCGGGGCACCGGCAUGACGACCAAGGUUAAUCCGCUGCCGUAUCUGCUGAGGGAUUGCAUGACCGGACGGCCAACACGCACAGUGAUUCAGUUUAUGUAUCAAAUGGCCUGUUCCCAGUCUUGAAAAGUAGUUACCUCUCGAUGCAUAGACAUUUAUCGUGUAUUUAGUAUAGUAUGUUAUUUGGAAGUCAUAUUACUUUUUUUGAUUUUGGAUUAAAAAUGAUCAGAUUCAGACGAUUA